UACACAUUUGGCUGGUCGUGGAUGGGCGCUGUGUCGCACGAACUAGUCGGAACUACUAAUUAGGAUAAUGAGAUAAAUUGGAGAGUACGUCCUUGCUCAACACUACGUGUCCAUCUAUGUAACAUUUGUCAAAAGGGACUGCUAUUUCGCAUUCUAGCGCUCCAUUAAAACGCCAGAGCUCAAUGACAAUGGACGGCAGUUUACACAGAGAUAAAUCCACGGGUCGGUUCUCACCAAGAAACAUGGUUAACCCAGCUGUUUCUUGGUACAACGUAAAAGAUCAAAUAAAGCCAAUAAGUAGAGACACAUGGGAAGCGUCAAGCACAGACCUACAUAAUCAAACAAUGGAUUCACGGAAGCUACGUGAUCAAUGUGAAAAUAACACGAAGCUCCUUGGUGUGACGGAUCCGGCUAGUAGUGGACGAUCAUCCGCACUGAGAGUUAGUCGCAGUUCGCAACCGCCUUCCUUCGACUCAUACGAUUCUUCUGCAAGCGCAAUUAGCUGGGCCAGCUCAGCUGAUCCCGAGAUGAAUCAAAUUAACACUCAAGCAAUUGCACCCUUCACUGAUAUAUCUACAAGAGGAUUUCAGUCUUCUAGCAAUGCGGACCAAGGUCCAUCAGAAAUGGCUCUAAGCACUUUUACGGGCGACACACCAGGUAUUCCGCAGUUGGGCAAUUCUUUCAAGAAUGCAGCUAAAACGAGCAGUUUGGUUAACAAGGAGGAAAAGAACAACUGGGAAUCAAAGGAGAAAUCUAGCCUAAAAUUAAUUGGACUGGAACGAGAUCACGAAGAAAAUGAAAAGCUAUCUCCGUCUUCUGGGGGACAACAUAUAAAAGGGCUAUGGAAACGUGCUUUCCAAUCAUUUCGGAAAGACAAGAAUAAACGGGAUAAAAGUAUUCCCGAUCCGAAAACAGAGCAAAAUAUAUCCGACGAGAUUGAUCCCGUGUACCAUUUGCUCAGGUGCGCUGCCAGUAAAAGCCAAGUCACGGGGGCGUUGACUAGCGGAAAACGAUCAAGCAAUUUGGCUCAUCAUCGUGACUCGAGUCCCUCUGAUGUUCCCCUAGCAACAGCCACACCAGUUUCAAAUCAAUUCAUGGCCAGAAGUGUUUCUAUGCGGAAUCCGAGAACAGAUAUACACUGAACGGCAUCAAUGACGAUGAUCCACCGAUUCCAAUGAGUAGAAACUCAUAUUCUCACUGAUCUGGACUCAUUGUACUCCAAAACUAAUGUUGAGUUGUAUUGUGUGUAUAUGUCAUAUCAGUUGUGUUUCAUUAAUGAAAAAGCAAAGUGAGUCAACCGUUC